AUGACCGUCAAAUUGGCACUUGUUAUGGUUGAGGGAGGAGGCGAGAAGAAGGAGCUCAAGUAUCUUGAUUUCAUCCAAGUUGGAGCAUUCUACAUGAUCGUUUCCUUCUCAUCACUCUACAACUAUGCGAAAGAAAGCUUCGGUCCUUUGAAACCGGGCGUUAAAAUUGUGGAAGCAACUGUCAGAACAGCCAUUGAACCUGUCUGCCGCAAGUUCUGCGACAUCUCCUUGGAGCUUCUCGAGCUCGUAGAUCACAAGGUCGACGAAUGGAUUAACGAGUUAGACCGUCAUGUACCCCCGGUGCUGAAGCAAUUCUCACAUCAGCUGCUCUCGGCGACUCAGAAGGCCCCUGAGGUGGCUAGAGGGGUGGCCUCCGAGUUGCAGCGGGCCGGCUUGGUGGACGGCGCUAAAAGCAUCGCCCAAACGCUUUGUAACACGUACGAGCCUACAGCCAAGGAAUUCUAUCUCAAGUACGAGCCCCUAGCUGAGCAGUAUGCGGUGUCGGCUUGGCGCUUGCUGAACCAGCUCCCCCUGUUCCCUCAAGUGGCUCAAAUGAUUGUCCCCACGACUGCUUAUUGGUGCAAGAAAUACAAUGAAACCGCGGCUUAUAGGGCGGCGCAGAGGGGUUACGGCUACACGGUGUGGCAGAACCUGCCCGUGGUGCCGAUUGAGAGAAUUGGCUAA